GGAAGGGGGUGUUACCAUGCAGUGGAGCGUGAGUGUCAGAGAGACCAGACGCAGCAGCUGAACAGAGAGAGAGCAAGAGAGCGAGCCAGCCAGCCAGAGAAUAGAGUAAGAGAGAGAGGUGGAAGACUGCUCUUUCGUUUUCUGCCUGGGUAUUAAAAGGUACAGUCUCUUCGGUUGUGUUUUUCAACGAGGCAGAUUGUGCUAUCAUAGAGAAUACUGAUAAAUGAUGUCUGUUUGUAUCUGAGACUGGGUGUCCAUUCUCAGUACAGUAGAUGAGUCAGCAGUUUCUGCUUGUACCUGUGAUUAACAAAAAGCAAGACAGCAUUACAUAGACACUGUGAGGUCAAAUUCCUGCACACUGUUAUUCUUAUUCCUCUAAAAGAAAAUGUUUAGUUUGCUCAUAGACCUGUGUUUUUUUGCCAGUUUGGUUAAAUUACUCUUUUGGCCUGAGGUGAUCUCUGGCUACCGAUCUGCCCUGACGUUCUGUAUCAUGGUUGGUUCUCAUUUGGAGGAAGUGUACCAUAAAAGGUGAACGAUUUCUGACCAAAUGAAAAUCUAUUCAGUCUUCCAUCUUCACUACCCUCCAUUUCAAUGCAGGGUCCCAUUGUUGGUAAAGUAGGGGUAUAGCUUUAAAACACUAAAGUGCAUUAUGGAUAACGUAGUAUGUUAUCUUUAGUUUUUGACACAAUCAUUUUGGUUUUAAUAUUUCUGCUAAUUGAAUACAUUUUAGUUACACUGUUUAUACAAUCCGCAUAUUAAUUUAUAUAAUUGAUUCUUGACAUAACUCACUCUAAUAUAUCUACUGCUGUACAUAUAAUUCUUAGUAUAUCUUGUGUAAAUUCAUCCGGUGUAUAUACUGUACGUAUAGAUUGCAUUUGGAUUACUGUUACAGUGCUAUUUGGGUUAUUAAUUGGAUUCAGUCAGCAGACAGGGUAUUAAGUCAUCCUUUCUGGGGCUGACUGGAUGCAAUGGACCUGACCAUUUUGAUUCAUCGGAAUGGAGCACUGAUAAUGCUGGAUUGGGAUUUAUAAAGCACUUUUCCUAAACACUCAAAGCAGGGCUGAGGGUGUCACACGGCAUCAAUUGCUUAUUUUGUGUGGAAUUUUCAUUGUUGGACAUAAAAGACUGUAAAAACAUCAGGAAAUCAACUCCAAGUGAUUUUUAUUUAAGAAAUCUGUCCCCAAGUAUUCCCACGCAUAAUAGAGGCACGUUAUCGUAUACAAACGUAAGCAAGAUUUGAAAUGAUUAUGUUUUAGUCAAACAUUAUACCUGUUUGGGCUUCUUGCGGUCAAUUUGCAGUCUACAAAUUAUUUGUAAUUAUGAUCCUGACCCACUAUCAUCCGCUGAAGAAAAAGUCGGCCUGCGGCUGAAUCUAAUUUAGUUAAUGAUCCCUGGUCUAAGCGGUGUGCUGCUCUCCUGUUCUUCAGCUCCAUUAGUGUGAGAACUGUACAGAUAAAAAUAAAUGCUUGACGUCAGUUUGCCUAUGUUUUCAGACCAGUGCAGAUGAGAGAGAGAGAUGAGGAAAUGACAUGACAUGUCGUUUUCCUGGAACUAGCCUUUGGAGGCUUUUGAGUGGUAUUCAAUGUAGUAUCACAAUGGUCUUCAGCGCAAACACGUAAUAGUAAAUUACAAACAGGAAUAUAAUUGUAUAUAUAUAUAUCUUAAAUUAACGUGUUUUAAUGAAUUUGAUGAUAUAAUCGUCAAACCCAUUCAAAAGAUUAGGGGACAGGACCCGGAAGUAUGACUUAGGACGACAUGACUUGCACACCGUAUUGAAAUACUCUUAAUUUUUCCUGAUCUAGAUGGGGAUAUAAAACUAAGGAUAUAAGAUAGAGGCCAUAGAGAAAGAUAGUAUAGGAGGCCAGCGUAUAGUAUAAUCUUUUUAUGGCCUUGAUGUUUACUUGAGUGAUUGAAGUAAUUGAAGAUGCAAUCAUGGCUCUGUAUAAUACUGUGCGUUGCCGUGAAUUAGUUUUGGACUUGGGGACUGUGAUAAGACCCCUGAUGGCAUGUCUUUAAGUCAUUUAUCAGACGCUCUUAUCCAGAGCGACUUACAUGAGCAAUUAGGGUUAAGUGCCUUGCUUAAGGGCACAUCGACAGAUUUUUCACCUAGCCGGCUCGGGGAUUAGAACCACAAUCUAGCCUAUGAAUGAAAGUUUACAACAUAGCUGCACACAGGUCGAGAGAAAAUAUUGAGGUGACAGACAGUGGCACAUGGACAGCGACACAUUCAAUACCGCCUUGCACACUCUUGCCUGCAUCUAGCUGAUCUAGGGUGUAGAAGAAUGGCGCUGGAGGGGAUGGCUGCUGUUUUAUGGACUCUUAACCAACCGUGCUAUUUUGUUUGUUUUUUCACAUUGUUUGUAACUUAUUUUGUACAUAAUGUUGCUACUACCGUCUCUUAUGACCGAAAAGAGCUUCUGGACAUCAGAACAGUGAUUCUCACCUUGAACUGGACGAAUAAUUUUUAUUUAAUGAGUCGGACGAGAGGGAUUUGCUCCAGACACCCGACAGGGCCCUCAUCCCCGUCAUUCGCAGUAGAAAGAAAAUGAGAUAUCGCGGAAGGAGAUCGGGGUGCCUGGUAAGGAGCCGGCGACGAGUGGCUAAUCUGCCUUUGCCAUCGAUACUAUUGGCCAAUGUACAAUUGCUUGAUAAUAAAGUGGACGAGCUACAAGCACGUAUACUCACGUCUGUAGCCAUGAAGUGCUUUGAAAGGCUGGUCACGGCUCACAUCAACACCAUUAUCCCAGAAACCCUAGACCCACUCCAAUUUGCAUUCCGCCCCAACAGAUCCACAGAUAAUGCAAUCUCUAUUGCGCUCCACACUGCCCUUUCACACCUGGACAAAAGGAACACCCUACAUGAGAAUGCUAUUCAUUGACUACAGCGCAUCGUUCAACAGCAUAGUGCCCUCAAAGCUCAUCACUAAGCUAAGGACCCUGGGACUAAACACCUCCCUAUGCAACUGGAUCCUGGACUUCCUGAAGGGUCGCCCCCAGGUGGUAAGGGUAGGUAACAACACAUCCACCACGCUGAUCCUCAACACCCGGGCCCCUCAGGGGUGCGUACUCAGUCCCCUCCUGUACUCCCUGUUCACUCAUGACUGCAUGGCCAGGCAUGAUUCCAACACCAUCAUUAAGUUUUCCAACGACACAACAGUGGUAGGCCUGAUCACCGACAACGAUGAGACAGCCUAUAGGGAGGUCAGAGACCUGGCCAUGUGGUGCCAGGACAACAACCUUUCCCUUAACGUGAUCAAGACAAAGGAGAUGAUUGUGGACUACAGGAAAAAGAAGAGGACUGAGCACGACCCCAUUCUCAUCGACGGGGCUGUAGUGGAGCAGGUUAAGAGUUUGACGUUCCUUGGUAUCCACAUCACCAACAAACUAACAUGGUCCAAGCACACCAAGACAGUCGUGAAGAGGGCACGACAAAACCUAUUCCUCCUAAGGAGACUGAAAAGAUUUGGCAUGGGUCCUCAGAUCCUCAAAAGGUUCUACAGCUGCACCAUCGAGAGCGUCCUGACUGGUUGCAUCACUGCCUGGUAUGGCAACUGCUCGGCCUCCGACCGCAAGGCACUACAGAGGGUAGUGCGUUCGGCCCAGUACAUCACUGGGGCCAAGCUUCCUGCCAUCCAGGACCUCUAUACCAGGCGGUGUCAAAGGAAGGCCCUAAAAAUUGUCAAAGACUCCAGCCACCCUAGUCAUAGACUCUUCUCUCUGCUACCGCACAGCAAGCAGUACCGGAGUGCCAAGUCUAGGUCCAAGAGGCUUCUAAACAGAUUCUACCCACAUUUACAUUUUACAUUUAAGUCAUUUAGCAGACGCUCUUAUCCAGAGCAACUUACAAAUUGGUGCAUUCAACUUAGGAUAGCCAGUGGGACAACCACAUCUUGAUCACAGUAAGUCCACUUCUUCAAAGAAGCAUACCCCCAAGCCAUAAGACUCCUGAACAUCUAAUCAAAUGGCUACCCAGACUAUUUGCAUUAUCCCCCCCUCCCCCCCCCCCUUCAUUGCAAAACAGUGUGUUUUAAUCAAUUAUUUGGUGACGUGAAUAUAUUUACUAUAGUUUUAUCUAAAAAUGUUUUACCAUUUUUAUAAAAUUCACUGAGGAGGAUGGUCCUCCUCUGAGGAGUCUCCACUGGUGGAUGAGUUUGGUGCGUGGUACUCUGUCUUCUGCUCUGCAUCUCAAUGGCAUCUGAGUCUUUACAUACACUGUCACUGAUACUCAGGGUGCGCCUCAAUAGUCUAAAGUGGUUUCCUUUCAUCUGCACUGGAACAUGAGGAGAGGACACCACUUUACACUAUUGAGAUGCACUCUAGUUGUGUAAAGCCAUGGUAUGAUACAUCAGUGUCCCCAAGUAAACUUUACUCCUAAACCAUAUGUCCAACUCCUACAUCCCACUCCCUUCCCCAUACACCCACAAUCUAUUCACUACAUAGAAUGUGCAGUGUACCGUACUUGUAGAAGAAUGACAGCACAGUGUUUUCCUGUGCGAACCUCUGUCCAGUGAGACCUGCCAGGGCCUAACUCAAAGCCCUCUAUUCAAAGGACUAUGCACAAACUGAUCGCAACAUAAAAGUUGCCCAGUGAUGGGUACCCAGGCAACCGCUCGUUCUGUGCCAGGGGCAUCUGCAAAGAAGUGGCAUACAUUCACUGUAGAGGUGAGAGUGAGAGUGAGAGUGAGAGUGAGAGUGAGAGUGAGAGUGUGCGAGAGUGAGAGAGUGAGAGAGUGAGAGAGUGAGAGAGUGAGAGAGAGAGAGAGAGAGAGAGAGAGAGAGAGAGAGAGAGAGAGAGAGAACUACUACCUUACCCCGAUGCUGAUCUGCUCACUCAUGAGCGAUAACAACCAGUGGACUACUGAGGCGCACCCUGAGUAUCAGUGACAGUGUAUGUAAAGACUCAGAUGCCCAUUGAGAUGCAGAGGAGAAGACAGAGUACCACGCCCCAAACUCAUUCACCAGUGAACGCUCCUCAGAGGAGGAAGGGAAGGACCAUUUAACACUUAAAAAGUUCUCCUUUUUAGAUAAAACUGUACUAAAUAUACAGUGGGGGAAAAAAGUAUUUAGUCAGCCACCAAUUGUGCAAGUUCUCCCACUUAAAAAGAUGAGAGAGGCCUGUAAUUUUCAUCAUAGGUACACGUCAACUAUGACAGACAAAUUGAGAAAAGAAAUUCCAGAAAAUCACAUUGUAGGAUUUUUAAUGAAUUUAUUUGCAAAUUAUGGUGGAAAAUAAGUAUUUGGUCACCUACAAACAAGCAAGAUUUCUGUCUCUCACAGACCUGUAACUUCUUCUUUAAGAGGCUCCUCUGUCCUCCACUCGUUACCUGUAUUAAUGGCACCUGUUUGAACUUGUUAUCAGUAUAAAAGACACCUGUCCACAACCUCAAACAGUCACACUCCAAACUCCACUAUGGCCAAGACCAAAGAGCUGUCAAAGGACACCAGAAACAAAAUUGUAGACCUGCACCAGGCUGGGAAGACUGAAUCUGCAAUAGGUAAGCAGCUUGGUUUGAAGAAAUCAACUGUGGGAGCAAUUAUUAGGAAAUGGAAGACAUACAAGACCACUGAUAAUCUCCCUCGAACUGGGGCUCCACGCAAGAUCUCACCCCGUGGGGUCAAAAUGAUCACAAGAACGGUGAGCAAAAAUCCCAGAACCACACGGGGGGACCUAGUGAAUGACCUGCAGAGAGCUGGGACCAAAGUAACAAAGCCUACCAUCAGUAACACACUACGCCGCCAGGGACUCAAAUCCUGCAGUGCCAGACGUGUCCCCCUGCUUAAGCCAGUACAUGUCCAGGCCCGUCUGAAGUUUGCUAGAGUGCAUUUGGAUGAUCCAGAAGAGGAUUGGGAGAAUGUCAUAUGGUCAGAUGAAACCAAAAUAGAACUUUUUGGUAAAAACUCAACUCGUCGUGUUUGGAGGACAAAGAAUGCUGAGUUGCAUCCAAAGAACACCAUACCUACUGUGAAGCAUGGGGGUGGAAACAUCAUGCUUUGGGGCUGUUUUUCUGCAAAGGGACCAGGACGACUGAUCCGUGUAAAGGAAAGAAUGAAUGGGGCCAUGUAUCGUGAGAUUUUGAGUGAAAACCUCCUUCCAUCAGCAAGGGCAUUGAAGAUUAAACGUGUCUGGGUCUUUCAGCAUGACAAUGAUCCCAAACACACCGCCCGGGCAACGAAGGAGUGGCUUCGUAAGAAGCAUUUCAAGGUCCUGGAGUGGCCUAGCCAGUCUCCAGAUCUCAACCCCAUAGAAAAUCUUUGGAGGGAGUUGAAAGUCUGUGUUGCCCAGCGACAGCCCCAAAACAUCACUGCUCUAGAGGAGAUCUGCUUGGAGGAAUGGGCCAAAAUACCAACAACAGUGUGUGAAAACCUUGUGAAGACUUACAGAAAACGUUUGACCUGUGUCAUUGCCAACAAAGGGUAUAUAACAAAGUAUUGAGAAACUUUUGUUGUUGACCAAAUACUUAUUUUCCAUCAUAAUUUGCAAAUAAAUUCAUUAAAAAUCCUACAAUGUGAUUUUCUGGAGAAAUAAAAUCUCAUUUUGUCUGUCAUAGUUGACGUGUACCUAUGAUGAAAAUUACAGGCCUCUCUCAUCUUUUUAAGUGGGUGAACUUGCACAAUUGGUGGCUGACUAAAUACUUUUUCCCCCCACUGUAUUCACAUGUCAACAAAUCAUUGAUUAAAACACACUGUUUUGCAAUGAAGGUCUACAUUAGCCUCAACAGCACUCUGUAGGGUAGCACCAUGGUGUAGCCGGAGGACUGCUAGCUUCCGUCCUCCUCUUGGUACAUUGACUUUAAUACAAAACCUAGGAGGUUCUUGGUUCUCACCCCCUUCCAUAGACUUACUCAGUAAUUAUGACAACUUCCAGAGGACGUCCUCCAACCUAUCAGAGCCCUUGCAGCAUGAACUGACAUGUUGUCCACCCAAUCAAAGGAUCAGAGAAUGAAUCUAGUACUGAAAGCAUAAGCUACAGCUAGCUAGCACUGAAGUGCAUAAAAUGCGGUGAGUAGUUGACUCAAAGAGAGAGAAAGACAAUAGCGGAACAGUUUUGAACAAAUUAAUUAAGCAAGAGAUUUCGUAAUUUCUUUUCAGUUUCACUUAGCUAGCAAAAGCAGCUAGGUAGUUUAGGCUACUCAAAACACCCGGCUCAAACAGAGGAAUGCUAUGUUAGCUAGCUGGCUAUGACUAUCCAACACAACACUGGAAUUCUUCCAAGUCAAGGUGAGCUUUUGGUUUUAUUAAUUUAUUUUCACCGGGGCCUGCCGGUGUAACCGCUAUACAGCUUAAUGACUGUAACGUUACUGCAUGAUUGUAGGGGAUUUACUAAAGCAUUAGUUAUAUUAGUUAUGUUGACUAGGACGUUACUUUAGCUAAUAUGGUGACAACAAUGUAGGCUGUGUUUAGCGGUUAGGAUAUGGUUUGGCUUGAAAAUGUUUUUUCGCCUGGUCACAUACUGCUGAUGUGUUGUGCAUUGAAGUCCACAAACGAAGGGAAAGGUGAGUGAACUGUGUUUACGUGUGAUCAGGGGUGUAUUAAUUCUGCCGACUCUGAAAAACGUUUCUUAAACGGAAGCAAACUAAAUAAAACGGGGAUAAACAUACCUGGUCCAAUAGAAACUCUCGUUUGCAACUGUUGGAAUAAUGAUUACACCCUAGAUCACCUCAACAUUUUCUCUCAAACUGUGUGCAGCUACGUUGUAAACUUUCAUUCCUAGGCUAGGUUGUAACAACCUUAUGAUGACUAUAGGGAAAAUGAGAGUAUCACGUAGUAGCCUAAACCUAUCGAUGUUACAUUUGAGCUAUGUGAAUGGAAUAUGAAUGGCAGUCCUCCAAUAUGCUGUAAUAGAAAUAAGGCCAUGCUCAUAAAAAAAUAAAUAAAAGUCCUCCCUCAUCAUAAAGGGCACUGACUGCCACUGAUAACAACAGAGCUGGACGACUCACAUCAUGACAAAGUUGUUGUGAAGAUAGGGAGGGGUAUCUCUUAUAAAAAGAUGUUCUGCGUUAUGACACAAAUCAACUGUACUAGUUGUUCUGGUCUUGUCACAUCUUGAUUAAUGUCUGGUAAUAUGGUCAAGUGCAGCAAAGAAAGAUCUAGAAAACAGAGCAGCAUGCCUUGCCAUUAACUACACAUACAGAACUAACAUCAACAACAUGCAUGCCAGUCUUUCCUGGUUGAGGGCUGAUGAGAGAUUAACUGCAUCUCUUCUAGUUUUUAUGAGAAAUAUUACUAUGAUGAAAAUGUCAGAUUGUCUGCAUAAUCAAAUAACAUUCAGCUCAGACAUCCAUACAUUUCCCACAAGACAUGCAAUCAAGGGUCACAAAGUCCAAAACUAAUUCACGGCAAAGCACAGUAUUAUACAGAGCCAUGAUUUCAUCUUCAAUUACUCAAGAAAACAUCAAAAUUACCUUUAAAAAACGGAUUAAACUACAUCUUUGAGGUGACUGUUUGGGGACAAACAAACACAUGCACACACAGAAACACAUUGUUUUAGUUGUAUUUAUUGUUUAAUUUUGUUGUUGUAUUUUCUGUAUAUCGUUGUAUUUAAAAUUUGUGUGACUGUCCUUGACAGUGAUCAGUGUUUUGUUACUUGUUAUGUUUUUCUGUGGAUCCCAGGAAGAGUAGCUACUGCUUCUGAAAAAGCUAAUGGGGAUCUAAAUAAACAAAUAACCUUUAAGGCGUGAGAGGUUUAUUGACAAAUACUACUAGCACUGCGAAUGCCAAAACAUGACAUAGGAUCAUGUUUUUGGGCAACCAAAAGGAGAUGCGAACAAUGGGAUUCCUCCACAGAUACCGAGGACCUAUGUUUUUCACCAGACAAUACCCCAUAGGGCGGCGCACAAUUGGCCCAGCGUCGUCUGGGUUUGGCCGGUGUAGGCCGUCAUUGUAAGUAAGAAUUUGUUCUUAACUGACUUGCCUAGUUAAAUAAAGGUUAAAUAAAUAAAUAUAAAUAAAAACAGUGGAAACUAAACUGCUGACAUCAAUAAAUUACAAACCUGCCGUGCUGGAUGUACUCCGUAUCGAACUCCAGGUUAUGAAAGAGAGCCUUGAGAUGAGUGAUGACAAAAUUUGGACACUGGAGAAGGAUCUGCUAAAACCCACAAGGCACAGACAUCAGUUCAAUGUCAGGUUUUGAUUGACAUUUGGCUAAGUUGUCAACUAAUUUCAACAUGAAAUCAAUAAAACAUUUCCUGCAAUGCUACACAUUUUGCCAAAGGAUGGAGGCAAAUGUUUGCAGUUUUUAAUAUGAUAACUGAUGAUCAAUGGGCCCCACCCCGGUCAGUAAUUCGACCAUGCUUAUUACAAGUUUAGAUAGCUGGCUGCUAGACUAAUUUACCAAUCUACAAAUAUUUUGCUGACAUGGGCUAAUUGAGUAACUGCUGAUGCACAAACAAAUUUCGAAAUUACACCUUGUGUAUUCUAUUAUUCUAACUCUGAACAGAAAGUUGAGACCCCAACUGAGUUACAAAAAAUUGCUCCGCAAGCCUACAAAAGGGGGGCCGCCAGUUGCCCAUCCCUGGUCUAGACCAAUCUUUGUCUUCAAUAUUGACGAUAAAUGAUACGGCUGAGAGACCUAGAACCUCUACAUGUCAACCUAAAUCAAACUGGCUUUAUACAAAAUGGACAAACUCAAGAUAAUAUAAGAAGAACCCUCCAUAUCAUGAAUACUAUAGACAUAGAAAAGAAGAGCCCCUUUCUAGUAAGCCUCAAUGCGGAAAAAGCAUUUGACUCUGUAAACUGGAACUUCCUCUUUGCCACAAUGGGAAAAUGUGGCUUCAACGAAUCAAAAAGUAUCAUCUGAACGCUAUACUCCAAAUCUCAUGCUAAAGUGGAAGUAAAUGGUCAACUAUCAAAGAAAAUAAACCUAGAAAGGAGCGCAAGACAAGGUUGCCUACUAUCCCCACUCCUCUUUGCCCUCUACAUCAAAUCAUCAAACCACUUGCCCAAUCCACAAAACACAAAAAAACAAAGUAGUGUGUGUGUGUGUGUGUGUGUGUGUGUGUGUGUGUGUGUGUGUGUUUGUGUGUAGUUAUGUAAUAUGUGCAUUGUGUAUUUCCCGGUCAUGCAGACACUGCCUCCACAGCCACCCCACCUACUCCAGUCAUGGCCAGGAAUCUACUGAAGAACCCAGCUGGGGAAGGUAUAAAAACACAUCUGUCUGUCUGUCUGUAGGGAUAGGUGAAAGCACAUUUCCAAUAGGCAUUCUCCAAAGUGCUUUCAGAGGAGUGACUCUCGUUUGACUGUUGAGAUGGUGUCGGCAGAGAGUGACUCAACACUUUCCUCCCAGAGCAGAUGGAAUUCUGGGAGCUGACAGAGAAUGGCGGGAGCCAAUGGCAGGUGGAAGAGAUGCCGGGAGACUGUGGCCACGGUUUCGGUGACGAUGGAGUGACCAAAUACUUCAGUACCUCCUUUGAGUGAGUAACUGAACAAGGUCACAAAGUCAGGCCUGUGUAUAGAAUGCGGUCCAAUUCACAAUCCUCCUCUCUGAAGUGUGCAAUCGUUCAUGGAUAAAAAAGGAUUGGAGUAGUGUAGGAAAUAUGGUGGAAACUCCCUUACACCAAUCAAUGCUUUUAAAACCAUUGUGGGGUGUGACCAAUGCAAACUUGGGAUAGGUAGAAAAUGAGAAGUUGGGAAUGCAGUCACAGGGUUCAUCUUUACCACCAACAUAGUGACUGUGAGUGUGCAAGUAUGUGUCUGUGGAUGUUUGUGUGUGGGAGUGUGAGAACAACUCUCUCCCUCUCUGUCUAUGUUGUCUCUGUUUCUGUGUUAGGCUGUGUCUGAAGAGGCAGGUGGUUGACCUACUGGCAGAGGGCUAUGCUCCUGAUGACCUCGAUGCCCAGCCAGCUGUCACUGUGGAAGACUGGUGAGUCACACACACAAAGCACACAGGCAUGCACAUAUCGUUUAGGACAGCCGUUGCAGCUCAGCUAACACCGGCACCAAAUGUGUGUGUGUGUGUGUGUGUAGGUACAGUGGGAGGACAGACAGUGGGUGCACCUACCAGUUGACAGUGUGUCUGUUGGAUGAGAAUGAGGAAAUUCUUCAGGAAUUUAAACCAGAAUCUGUCACCCUGGACCCAGAUUGUGAUGACUGCUCCUGGAAACAGGUAUUGUGGGAAAGCUCAAAAUCGCAUAAUAUGAUCACUUCUCAUAUUUCUCAUCACAUCCAUUUCUCAUAUUUCUCAUCACAUCCAUUUCUCAUCUUUCUCAUUUCCAGGUGAACCACACUUUCUCUGACUACGGUCCUGGCCUGCGCCUCAUCUCGUUUGAACACGGAGGACAGGACACCAAGUACUGGGACGGCUGGUUUGGAGUCCGAGUCACUGGGAGCUCUGUUAUUGUAGAGGUCUGAGAGACGAAGGCGGCGGCAGUUAUGGAGAGGAGGGGAGAUUAGGAGAGAGGGGAGGGGAGGAGAGAUGCAGUAGUAUCCACUCAAUAGCUGCUUCAGAAACGUAUGGCACGAGCAAGACCUGCAAGCUUGGACCUUUAGUGCUCAAUAACACUGUAGAAACCAUUACAAUAUACAUAUUAAGUAUUCUCCCACUGUAGCUUUAUAAACAAAGUUAUGAAUGAGUUAUAAAUGACUAACACAUAUACUACUAAAUGAGAUGGGGUGAGUGAGGGUCUAACUGCUACCUAUGGACAGAUACACUAUAGGGUUCAGUUUGUCCUGGUGGUCUUAUCAUCAGCUAGGUUUAUUUUCUAGGUUAAGUGGUGUGUAAGGGCUCAUUGCAGAGUGAUCACUGAUCAUACAUACAGAGGUUGUUGUAACCAAUGAAUAGAAUGGUUGUAACAUCUCACAGAUUAGGAUUGUAACGUAUGCAUUAUUUUGAUCAGAACUGUAUCUAAUCCACACUAACCAGGUUCACUUAUCAGGUUCUUCACAAUGCAAAUGAGAGCCGCAUUGACCAAAUAAAAUAAAAACAAUCAAUCAAGGAUUUCACUAGUCUGUUCUUGUAUUACAUUUUCAUCUGAAAAUCCAUGUAGGUAAAUCAUAUAAGGCAAUCACUGCGAGUCUUAAUUUGCCAUAAGAUGUACUUCCAUUGUAAAGGGAGUUUUUGCAAUCUUAUCUCUCCCAUUCUCUCCUUUCAGGGUCAACACUGUCACACACACAAAUAAAUACGC